CUGUGCGGUAUAAUUUUGUCUGCUAACAGGAGCAUAUUUCGGAUAUUUACAAGUCGAAGGAGAAAAUGUCAAUGAUAACAAAGUCAUCAAGAAUUUUGCCGGGGGCUAUACGUCAGGCAUGUAUAUGCUUUUACUCUGCCAAAACUGGAUCUGGAGAAGCUCCAACAGCCAAAGAUGCCCCUAAAACUACUACUAAAGGAACGCAGACCAACUCAACCGGAACUACUAACAACUCCAAAUACCAGUGCGAAGAAUACCAUAAGUGGAACGCCUGGUCUUUCUUUGAUGUUGAAGGAUCCAUUUCAUCAAAACGUGUUGGACAGCCAUCUUCGAAACCCAGUCAGCCGUCUUUGAAAACCAAGUAGAUGUAUUAGCCAGAGUUCCAGAACUGAAGUUUAUGACAUCUAAAUUAAAAAGCUUCAAAGCAGAAUGUUUUUUAUUUGAAGUAAAAAAUAAAGCAUGUUAAUUAA